AUGGCUACCAAAAGUGCUUUGGUGACGGGAGCUUCCUCGGGCAUUGGUUAUGCCUUGGCGAUUGAGCUUGCUGAACGUGGAUACCGCGUCUUUGCUGGUGCACGAAGACUCUCGCGCAUGAAGCCAUUGGAAGACUUGGGCAUCACCACUUUUGAAUUAGACGUAGGAUCACUUGAGAGCAUUGAACGAGCUGUAGAAUUUAUAUCUGAAAAUACUGGAGGAAAGUUGGAUCUUCUUUUCAACAACGCUGGUAUUCAAUGUUUUUCGCCAGCAGUUGAAGUUGACGAUGAAAAGUUCCAAAAGUGUUUCCAAAUCAAUGUGUACGGCCCCAUUCGUUUGAUAAGAGAGUUAGCACCACUAGUUAUUAAAUCCAGGGGAGUGAUUGCUUUCACAGGCUCUACUGCUGGCUUAAAUCCCUUUCCUUUCCUGAGCAUUUAUGCAGCUACGAAAGGUGCAAUUCACUCAUACGCAAGCACGCUUGCAAUGGAGAUGAUUCCGUUUGGUGUCCGUGUACUCAAUGUGAUUACAGGUGGUGUUGCAACUGAAAUCGGCGAUGACAAAACUUUGGCCUCAAAUUCUUGGUAUAGAAUUGAAGACGAGGACAUUCUCGCAACUCGACCAACUGGACAGGGGGUACGCUUAAGUGCACCAAAAUAUGCUUCACGUACAUGUGACGACAUCGAGAAAGCUUUCAAGCAGACUAGCCCAAACUAUAUUGUUAGUUAUAGGGGAAGUGAGUCUUCUUGGCAUCUGUUUCUUGCGUCGUAUACUCCGCGCUGGAUCAUCGAACGCAAGAUAUUGAAGGACUUCUUCCUCAAAAGUCCUUAUAAAAGGUUGCAAAAAUACUAUCAAGAAGAUGUCACUUCCUGA